AUGUAUCAGGGCGGCCAGAGGCAUGUCUCGGGCAACGAUCCCACGAGGCCUUUCCAGCUGCCUCCCCCUCCUCCUCCCCCGACCAUAUCGCCUCCCAUGGUCGGGCCUCAGAUGAAUAUGACGAGUCUGCCGCCUCCCCCGCCGAUGAGAUACCCUGCUGUGCCUCCGGGCCAAGGCGUCAUGAUCCCACCACCGCCUGGCCCCCCUCCUGGAGGCGGCAUGAUGCAAACCCCAAACUGGCAUGGAAACUUUGGCCGCCUGUACGAUGGACGCCCUGGGUAUAGCAUUCCUCCGCCGCCGCCAGCCACCAGCCAGCACCAGCCGUAUAAUCCCACCAAGUUUUACAACGCGAUGCAAGCUGGACACGCAAUGGCAAUACCUCCUCCUCCACGCCCAAACGAUGGGAUGGGAGCAACGUAUAUACCGACGGGGGAGACGUACGGAGAGGGCGUGGGCAUACCGGGAUUUGGUCGGGAGGAAACGCAAAAUACGUGGCAGUACGGGGGAACACCGCAAAGCGGGACGGAGACUACCACAACCCCGAUGGACGAAAGGCAGCAACAAUUGUAUACGGGAGCAGCUCAUGCGAAGACGCUUUCAAACGCACCGAAUGCGCCUACCACCGCCACAGCGCCAAGCACGAUUCCCCCAGAGAUAGCAGCGCAGUGGCCACUGGACAGGGUCUUGCAGUGGCUGGCACAGAACCAGUUUUCCAAGGACUGGCAGGAGACUUUCAGGUCUUUAAGCCUGUACGGCGCACAGUUCCUAGAGCUGGGUAGUGCCCAUGGCGGCCGUGGUAACUUUGGUAUGAUGCACCAGCAGGUGUAUCCUCGACUGGCGCAAGAGUGUACGAACAGCGGGACGGGAUGGGAUCAGCCGAAGGAGAGAGAGGAGGGUAAACGUAUGCGGAGGUUAAUCAGGAGUAUCGUUACCGGACGACCAGUUGAGGCUUCGAAAGCAGUUCCCGCGCACAGCCGAAAGGAGUCUGUUUCUACCAAUCAUUCCGGAUCUGGCCAUCCUACUGCGAGCUCGGAUACUACAGACUUUGCCGAGUCCCCCAUCGUGCCACUCAGUUCCACGUUGGCAGCUAGAAGAUUUUCGCAAACUAGGCCACCAGCCAUACAGACUACCAAUGGAGCCGACGCGAAUCACAGAGGAAUGUUAAGGAACCUCGAUGUCGGACGCCAGAGCCCUACUGGCGAGCAGGGAACUUUUUGCUCGACUCCAGGUGGCAGUCCGGCUCCUCCACCUACCCUUUCUCACUCAGUCACCACUCCGAUUCUUUCUUCUUCGCCAAGUUCAACCAAAUUUACGCAUCGCCCUAGGAACAGCACCGACUCAGCUGCAUCCAAUGCCGCGAUAUAUGGGUCUGGACUUCCACCUGAGGCAGCCGGACUGCUGACCCGAGGCAUGAGCUUGGCAGAACUGAUGUCUGUAUCAAGAAAUCAAGAAGCCCACUCCAAGCCAGCCGAAUCCCCAUCGUCUGCCAAGGACUCGAAGCCCUUUCUCAGUUUCCUAUCCAGGAAGAAGCGCCAGCAAGUAGACGGCGCUUUCCCCUCGCCAGAUGAUCUCGAUUCUCCCACCAUCACCUCGCAAUAUAGGCCAAAACAUAGUGGCACUACCCAAGGCAGAAUCUAUGUUUUGGCCACAAUGGACCUGUGGAACUACCGAAUGUGCGACAUCACCGAUGCAGAGACGGCUGCGGACAUUCGCCGGGCAAUCUGUCUCAGUCUUGGCCUGCCCGACACUGAGAAUGCUUCCAUAUUCACGACUCAACUGGGCCAAUUUGAACACACGGAGCCUCUAGAUGACCAAAAGCUCCUAUCGAACAAGCGUGUGAAAGCCGACUCUACAGGGACAUUGAAAUUCUUUGUCUCUUCACAUAGCGCGCUAACCCCUGGCUUGAGCAGCGAAAUGCCAUCCCUGUUGUCGCCGUAUGGCAACCCCGCGGGAAUAGAUGAAGAGGCGUAUGCGCGUCUCAGUGGGCGCCAGAGAUCCAGCUCGUCUCCGCCCACGUCCCGAUCUAAUACGUUAAUUGGGGAGAAGUCGGAUGAGAAGGGUUCGGCCGAGCAGACCCUGGCUCAGGAGGCGAGCGAGUAUAGAGCCGAGUUAGAACGAAAGCAACGUGAAUACCUUGCAAAGAAGAAGCAGGCUAACAAGAAAGAGAGCCCAACUAUGCCACCAGAAUCAAUUGUAGGUUUUGGCAUUGUGGGAAGGAAUGUUGAUUUUGACCAGCCUCGAAACUCGCCGUACGAAGACAGAAAACCUGAUCAGCUCUUCCCUCAGCGACGGCCACCGGCACCACCAAGCGAUCCUUCUGCCACACUGAUCAAAGCCAAUUCACUUAGCAAGAAAACGGGGCGGAAUAUGACCGGCAUUGCUGAAGGACAGACGGCGUCACGACCGCCGCUGCCUUCCACUGCCCCUGAGCCUGAGGUAUCGGAAAAUAGCAAAAAGAGCAUGUUUAGCGCGAGCAAAGGCGGGUUUAUUGGCGCAGCACUCGUUGGCAUGGGAAGAAACCUGGGAGCCAUCGGACAGUCGACGGCCAACGGGCCCCGAGGUAUAUCUCCAAACAGAACUGCGUCACAGCCAGUCGUAGCUGGCAACAGCCCACAGCAGCAGCUACCGAUAGGUAAGAAAGCUAUGUCUACUGUUAAUUUCCGCGAACCCGGCUCGGGUAAAUCUAGUCCUGGCUCAGGCUCUCCCAAGAUUCUUACUUGGAGCCCUAGAAACAUGUCUUUUGUUGUGCCGGACUAUUCACCUACCCCUUCGCCCCCUUUGGCGACUACAAUGAUAGAGGAUGAAGCAGUUACUAAGAUGAACAUGAUAGGGCAACGCCCGCCGUCGCCGGCAGAGCUCAGCCCCAGUACAGCCCGGCACCCGCCAGUGGCCAACCCGCCAUCCCCUCCUCAGCCUGCCAACCCAAAAUCUCCUGGUCCAGAUCUAGACUUUACAGAUACCGAUGUUCAAUUCACCGAGCCAUCUCAAUCUCAAACGUUCUCGUCAUCGCAGGGUCGUCCGUCACCGGGUGGCGAUAGCGAUGACGAUUCCGACGACGGGCUGUUUGCCAUUCCGCUCGCUGGCAGGGGUAAAGGCAAAGGACCGAGCCGCGGAGAAGGCAGCGGGCCUGGACACGCACAGAAACCCAGCCUGACUGUGAAUACUUCACGGCCCAAGAACAAGACCCUAUCAGUAUCUUUUACCUCCCCCCAAUCCAUAGGCGACAACGCCGAUGACUGGUACAGGACUGGGAACGGAGGAUCACGCCGCACUCCUGGAACCCCUGGUUCUGAAACAUGGGAAUCUGAUAAAGAGACCAAACUUGGUCGCCGAAAGUCGUUUAUCGAGAAGGAUGUGUGGGCAAAUCGACCUGCCACUGAUGAUUUGCUCAACAACCUCGACGACUUCUUCCCCAACUACAAUCUUGACGAGCCCGUGCUAGAGGAUAGCGUCUCGGGAGAGGUGGCAACUUCGCCGAUUCCUGAAGUUGAGGAGUCACCGCAGCAGAGUGUGCCUCCUCCCAUCCCAGCUCCCGCCAUGUAUCAAGAUAACAUUGACCCUCCUCCCGCUGGCAUUGCGUCCUCUAGCCAGUCCAUUUAUGAUAAUGGAGAUACUCUCGGCUCUGACGAGUCCACACUGAAAGCUCUGGAGCGCCGUCCAUCUAUACCCACUGUGGCGCAGAGGAGCAUGAGGCGUUCUGGCGGGUUGGGCCGGAUGAAGUCUAUCCGUGAAGUUGCUCGGGGUGCGCACGAGGCCAACAAGCGGUUCACGCAUGCGCCGCACAACUCGGGCAAUAUUCCUACCAGCGGAAUCAUGCGUCGAAAGAGCACCAAGAUGUUCAACGCAAAAAUUGUGCAGAUUCGACCGGAUCAACGUGGCAGCAUGAUAUUCCCCCAGGUUCCGCAGGAUACCCUGCCGAAGCGCCAAACCACAUUCAGGUGGUUCAAGGGCGAGCUCAUCGGCAAGGGUACUUAUGGGCGCGUGUAUCUGGGUAUGAAUGCCACGACUGGUGAAUUCUUGGCUGUCAAAGAGGUCGAAGUCAAUCCCAAAGCCGCGGCCGGAGAUAAAAAUAAGAUGAAGGAGCUUGUGGCCGCUUUGGAUCGCGAAAUCGACACUAUGCAGCAUCUAGAUCAUGUCAAUAUCGUACAGUACCUAGGAUGCGAGAGGAAAGAAGCCAGCAUAAGCAUUUUCCUAGAGUAUAUUCCUGGUGGUAGCAUUGGUUCAUGCCUGCGCAAGCAUGGCAAAUUCGAAGAACCAGUCGUAUCGUCCCUGACUCGGCAGACGCUCUCUGGACUGGCUUAUCUACACCGAGAAGGUAUUCUACACCGAGACUUGAAGGCAGAUAAUAUUCUGCUAGACGUAGAUGGCACCUGCAAGAUUAGCGAUUUCGGUAUUUCCAAAAAGACGGAUAACAUCUAUGGUAACGACAAGUCCAACAAUAUGCAGGGAUCUGUAUUCUGGAUGGCGCCUGAGGUUAUCCGGUCACAAAACGAAGGAUACAGCGCCAAAGUAGACAUUUGGAGCUUGGGAUGCGUGGUGUUGGAGAUGUUUGCUGGACGACGACCGUGGAGCAAGGAGGAGGCUGUUGGAGCCAUUUACAAGAUUGCAAACGGAGAGACACCCCCGAUCCCCGAGGAUAUCCAAGAAACUAUAGGACAUCUCGCGGUGGCGUUUAUGAUGGAUUGCUUCCAAGUGAAUCCAUUUGAUCGGCCAACAGCCGACGUACUUCUUUCACAGCAUCCGUUUUGCGAAUUGGAUUCCAACUACAACUUUUAUGAUACUGUUUUGUAUAAGAAGAUUAAGCCUAGAACCGGAUAA